UAAUUACACCCUGUGGGACAAUAAAAGAUAUUGUUGUAAAAAAAAAUAAAUCUAUUUUUCUAUAAUAGAUUUUUUUUAAAUUAUUGUGACAACUAACCAGAUGAAACAGACAUAUUCUGCAGAUUUUUGAUUUAACCACUUUGACAUAUUUAAUAUAAUAUUAUAAAUACAUUAGUACAUGCCAAUGAAUAAACAAUUCAAUCCCCUUUAAACCAAAAAGCAUUUUAUUGCAUAAAGGUCAAUAAUAUAAUUUGUUUAUUGAACGCUCAAUCAUUUGUAGCAAAGGUUCAAUCUGCAGAUAAAAAACUUCUAACAUCAACAUGUGAAAAGCUGUUUAUUUUUUAUGGCUUCACUAAUAAUUGGUUUUCCUGACAAGAUGAAGAUGAUCUCCAGGAUCCUGCUGCUCCUCAUCCUCAGCUCAUGUCUCUGUGCAACAUUUGUAGUGAAUGUGACACAGAGCAGCUAUCAGGCAGAGGAGAACCACAGCAUCACUCUGGAGUGGACUUUCCCCACCAAGACUCAGGGAUCCUCCAGGAAACUGUUCAUCAUCUGCAGCUUGCUGUCUCCUCAUAAAGAACUAGUUCUGUAUCACAUCCACAAAGGUGUUGAGAUUCCAGAAUCUCAGGAUGAACAGUUUUCAGGACGAGUCCAGAUUGACAAAGACGUCCUCAGAGAAGGACGAAUCCGACUCCAUGUGUCCAGACUGAGGACUGAAGACUCUGGUCUGUAUCUGUGUGGAGUGAAAACUGAAGAUGGAUUCAACUCUGGAAGAUGUCGACUCAACGUAUCCAGUCUAAAGACGGUUAAAUCGACGGUUCCUCACAGAAACCUCAUCAGUCCGACGCCACAGAAGGAAACCAGGAGGAAAGGUGAGUCUGCAGGUCGUCGGUCCAGGAUGUUUCUUGUUUUUCCCGUUUUUCUCUUCAUCAUUUCUCUGAGUUCACUUUUCAUCAUCAGCUUGAAAAAUUGCUCCAAAACCACAAAAUUUCAACAGAACCCCCUGAGAGCCUCUGCCUUGCAGUUUUGUUGCCUUGCUCCAGAGCAGACCUGUGUUGAUGUGGAGAAAAACUCCAUCCAGUCUCUCAUUGUGACUCCUGAUCAACUUCGGCGUCAUGGAAACUGUGGAGGUUGAGUCGAUCAGUCUGAGGCGUAUUGAUGAAACCAGGUUCUUCAUAAAGAAGCUCACAGAUUCUGCAGGAAUCCCACAAACUUUCAGAUAAUCAUGAGAAAAUGUGGAUUUUUCUCCAGGAAGAGGAAACACCUGAAGAGAAGCUCUUAGUUUUUCUGUGUCUGCCUACAGAUCAAGGUGACCAGUCUGAGUGGAAGGUUUUCACUCAACAAUCUCUGACUGAACGUCACAAAAACUGAAGAAAUGAGAACAGAUUUUAGAAAACGCAGCUCAAACCUGCAACCUGUCCAGAUGAAUGAAGUGUGUGGAGAGACACCAGUAACAAAAUCAGCUGGUCUAGAAACGCUGGGAUCAAACUGGCCCAGCCUGGCCUGAACCAGUGAAGAGUCGCUGGUUUCUUUCUGAGCUUCAUGGAGACAUUUGAACUUUCUGCAUCGUUUGCUGCUCCGCUGGAUGUUCCAAUCACUAACACUUAAAAUAUUAUAUUAAUGUUUUUCACUACAGAAAUACUUUUAUUUAUCUACGCAAAAUUAUGUUUUGUACUUGAAUAUUUAUUAUUUUUCUACUGUUGACUAUUUAUUGCCAUAAAGUGAAGUUUGAAAUGUUU